CAGUAGUUAAGCCCUCUCCAUCUCAAACAUUUCCUUAACACAGCCACAGCAACAUGGUCCCCAAACCCAUCAUGGCAACAACACCAUCCUCAUCUCAACAUUUCCCUCUCCUUAAUAUAUCAUCUGCCAGAACCGAAGAAAAGCCCCAAACCCAUAACAUCACAACAAGAACCAUCCCAACAACACCCCCUCCUCCUACCCAAAAAACCGUGACCAAGAGACCACAACAUGUAAAGACAUCAAAAAGAACAGAAACAUCAGUGCCGGCACUAAUCUUCAAUGCAUUCGACGACAUCAUCAACAACUUCAUAGACCCUCCACUGAAACCAUCUGUUGACCCAAGACACGUCUUGUCCCAAAACUUUGCACCCGUUAACGAGCUACCUCCAACAGAGUGCGAGAUAACACAAGGAACACUCCCACCUUGCCUUGACGGUGCAUACAUCAGAAACGGUCCCAACCCACAAUUCCUCCCUCGAGGACCUUACCAUCUCUUCGACGGCGAUGGAAUGCUUCACUCUCUCAGAAUCUCAAAAGGCAAAGCCACACUCUGCAGCCGCUAUGUGAAGACCUACAAGUACAACAUAGAAAACGAAGCUGGUUACCCUCUCAUUCCAAACGUGUUCUCAGGAUUCAACAGUUUGGUAGCAUCAGCAGCACGCGGUUCUGUGUCUGCAGCGAGAGUGUUAACGGGUCAAUACAACCCCUCCAAUGGUAUUGGCUUAGCAAACACAAGUUUGGCUCUGUUUGGGAACCGUCUUUUUGCAUUAGGUGAAUCUGAUCUUCCUUAUAUGAUUCGAUUAACCCCAAAUGCUGACAUUGAAACACUCGGUCGCCAUGAUUUUGAUGGAAAACUGUUCAUGAGCAUGACCGCACAUCCUAAGAUUGACCCUGAAACUGGUGAAUGCUUCGCCUUUCGUUAUGGUCCUGUGCCACCUUUUCUCACCUAUUUCCGGUUUGAUUCAAAUGGAAGAAAACACCAAGAUGUUCCUAUAUUCUCCAUGACAAGACCUUCAUUCCUCCACGACUUCGCCAUCACGAAGAAACACGCCAUCUUCGCAGACAUUCAGCUCGGAAUGAACCCUCUUGACAUGAUCGCCGGUGGAUCUCCGGUGGGAUCCGACCCGUCAAAAAUAUCCAGGCUUGGAAUUCUACCUCGUUACGCCAUUGAUGAGUCCCAGAUAAAGUGGUUCGAUGUUCCGGGGUUCAACAUAAUCCACGCCAUUAACGCGUGGGAUGAAGAUGAUGAUGGAAAAACGGUGACUUUGGUGGCACCCAAUAUUCUGUCGGUGGAGCACACGAUGGAGAGAAUGGAUCUUGUUCACGCCAUGGUUGAGAAGGUGACGAUCGAGCUUGACACGGGGAUAGUCACGAGGAAACCCAUGUCGGAAAGGAACCUUGAUUUCGCGGUGAUAAACCAAGCUUUCGUUGGGAAGAAGAACAGGUUCGUGUACGCGGCGGUUGGGGAUCCAAUGCCGAAGAUUUCGGGGGUGGUUAAGCUUGACGUGUCGAAAGAGGAGGAGCGUACGGUGGGGUGCAGGAUGUACGGCGAAGGGUGCUACGGCGGUGAACCGUUUUUUGUGGCGAGGGAACCUGAUAACCCUGAGAUUGAAGAAGAUGAUGGGUACUUGGUGAGUUACGUGCACGAUGAGAGGAAGGGAGAGUCGAACUUCUUGGUGAUGGAUGCGAAGUCGCCGGAGUUGGAUAUUGUGGCGGCGGUGAAGCUUCCACGGCGGGUGCCGUACGGUUUUCAUGGAUUGUUUGUGACAGACAGUGAGCUCAGAAAAUUGUCACUGUGAUGAUUCAUGGGUCCCCGGGUCCGGGUCCUACCUUCCAAUCCACUAUUAUUAUUAUUGCUUAUCGGUACUAUUGAAGAGCAAGUAGCUUUUGCAAAACGUCAUUGUGAAGUUAAAAGAUUAAAAAUAAAAUAUUUUAAUAAAAUUCACGAUAAGAAAAAGGUAGAGUCGAAGUUCUUGGUGAUGUCUGAUGGAUGCAAAGUCGCCGGAGUUAGAUGUUGUGGCGGCGGUGAAGCUUUCACGGCGAGUGCCGUAUUGUUUUCAUGGAUUCUUUGUGGGAGACAGUGAGCUCAGGAAGGUGUCACUAUCUUGAUUCAUGUGUCGGUCCACCCAGGCACCCACUAUUAUUAAUUAUUGGUUACCGCUACUACUGAAAUUUAUUUUUAUGUUCAUCUAUACGUCAUAUUAAAAUUUGUAAAUAUAUAUAAAAAUUGAGAUAAACACAAAAAUCUCAACAUCCAUUCCCCAACCCACCGUAAAAUUAUAUCUUU